AUGAACGAGGAUCUGAGCGAGGCGAUCGAUGUCUUCGUGGACAUGAAAGGCAACAGCAAAGCCCUGGCUGCCAUCAGCAUUUUCAUCCAGCCGGACCACCCGGUCCACACAAAGAGUGCUCUCCUACACGCUGCGCUGGUAUCUCCAAAGCUGCACGGGGAGUGGCAGCUGGCGCCCAGUGAUGACCUCGUGCGCGGUCACCUCCUGGCGCAUGGUUGGCUCCGCCGGCGCUCUGCGCCUCGCCUUGAUGUCUUCACAGCACUUUGCCGAUUCAGCGAAGCGAACGGACUCCCGCUGCGAAGGACUUACAACGGCGCUGUGAAGGAGUUCUCAAAUCAUUUGACCAAGUCCUCCGCCAUGGCCACGUCUGAGCCGCUACUCCACUGCGAUGCCGAGCAUACUCGGCCUCUGGUGGAGGGGCACCUGCAGAGGUGCAGGCGUGUGAGCCUCGUGCUCGCCACGGGGCUUCUGGCUGGGCCCGGCAUCUUUCUGAGCCUGCGAGGUCCUGAGGCUGUGGACGAGGCAGCGCCAACUGUGGCACUGGCGGAUUCCGAUUCCAGGCCUUCCAUCGUUCGCCUCAAGAUCUUCGGCGGUCCAGAGCCGCCUCCCAGAGUCUUGGACUGGGUGCCCCGGGUCUGCACACAUCUCUACGAGGGGCCGCAGUGCUCCAACGUGACACACUGGAAAGGAAGGGUACGGCUGGAACUUGACAAUCACGUCAUCGAGGAUGUGCAGAUGCAUUCCCGGGGGCAUUCCUCGGCGAUGUUUCCGAAGCAUCAGUUCUCUCUGAAGCUGCCAAAGCGGAUGCCUCUUUUGGGCAUGGCACCGGCCAGACGCUGGGUGUUGGCCACCUCCUUCGUGGACGUGUCCUUCCAGCGGAAUCCAACAGCGUUCGAGGUGUACCGGAAGCUGGGUGGGUGGGCCCCAGAUACCGUGUAUGUGAAGGUGGAGUGGCACGGAAUCGAUUACGGACUCUACUACAUCGGCGAGCGCGUGGAGUGUGGGGGUGGCCGACUGGAUUCCUGUCACACGCGGCCGGAUCAGCCCGAGGCUUCGGAUUUCCUGCUGACAAUCGACUGGGCAAAGCCGGGCAAGGUGUCACUGCGAAGCAACGUGACCUCCACCUUCUUCAGUGUGCUCGAGCCGAAGGGCGCCCUUCCCAGCAGCAGCGUGGCCUUCCUCCAGAAGCUCGUCGAUUCUGUAGACAGCCUGGCGGCCUCCGGCAAGAGGGGGUUGGCCGAACUCCUCGACUUUCAAAGCUUUGUACGUUACCUCUUGGUAGAGGAGCUGGCCAAGGACGUCGACGGCUACGCAUUCUCGAAUUACGUGAUGGCCCGACAGGGGUGGCUGCUGCACGCUGCUCCCUGGGACUUCGACCUGGCUUUCGACUUUGCUUGCAUGCCGCGAUACUUCACGAACGUCUUCACCGGAAAUGUCUCCUUAGGGGUGACCGGCUGGAACGUUGAGAACUCCCGCGCCGAUGCUCUGUGGAUCGGACCUUCUGGAAUCCCCGGAGGGAGCGUGGAGCGUUUCGGCAUGAACAAGCGCCAGCUCUUCCUCAAUCUUUGGCUCUAUCCGGGGUUCAAGGCCGCCUUCGUCGGCGCUUGGAAAGCUGCUCGUGGGCGCAUGCUGGGAGAUGCCAUGCUGGAGGCUAUGGUGAGGAGGAGAAGUAAGCAGAUCGCUUCAGCUGCCAAAAAUGAUCUCGAGAUCUGGCGCAGAACCAACAGAUGUGGCUUCUGGCGCUGCUGUGCGCCUGAGGAUACACAUAGCUUCGACAAAGCUUCUGAGCACCUGUCUGAAUACCUCGUGUCGCGCGCUCGCUGGAUUGAUGCGAACGUGGACACCCUGCUGCAGUGA